GACUCACCCUGCUGUCACUCAUAAGGAAGUGGGCAGGGCUGCAGGGGAGAAUGUGAGAAUAGUAAAUGAAAGAGGAAGCAAGGGGGAAUUUUAUUGAGACGCUUAAGAAGGAGAGUAUCACUCUGCUGGAUGUGAACAACUGCCGAGAAGGGAGAGAGGGUGGAGAGAGGGGAGAGGGAAACAGAGAUUAGAAAACCAAACACAGACGGACAGCAGGGAAGACAGUAGUAUGGCCUGGCUUGCUCUUGUGAUCUAUUUGCACAUCACACUUUUUCUUAUUAUUCUGGAAAUAGGACAUGCCACUGAGGAGGACACCAGAGUGGUGGGAGCUACAGCCCCAGGAGAUAUCAUCAUUGGAGGAAUCUUUUCCAUUCAUGGAGACGUAGACAAAAAGAACAGCUCAUUUGCACCCCAUCCACAGCCAUGUAUCAGGUUUGAACCAAGACGCCUGGUGAAGAUGUUGGCUAUGAUCAAUGCUAUAGAGAUCAUGAAUAAAUCCCCUCUGCUGACUGAUGUUAACAUCACUCUGGGCUACCGCAUCCUGGACUCCUGCUCUGAUGUUGGCAGAGCUCUGAGAGCCACAGCAGACUUCACCCGGCGGACCGACUGCGACACUUGUGGCCAGCCGGUCAUGGCUGUCAUAGGGGCCUCUAGCUCUGAAACAUCCAUCGCCGUCGCCAGGCAACUAACUCUCAAGAUGAUUCCUCAAAUCAGUUAUUCAUCAACCGCUGUCAUUCUGAGUGAUAAGACCCGCUUCCCUGCCUUCAUGAGGACCAUUCCUAAUGACAAGUAUCAGACAGCUGCCAUGGUCAGUCUGCUCAGCACCUACGGCUGGAACUGGGUGGGAAUAGUUACCACCGAUGGAAAUUACGGCAAAUCGGCUCUCGACCACUUUGUGUCUCAGGCUUCUGAAAAAGGGAUCUGUGUGGCCUUCAAAUCAAUCCUACCGCAAUCUGUAACCAGCCCGGGCGUCCACUCCGCCAUCAAGCAAACAGCCAGGACCAUCUACGAGAAUCCCAAGGUACAGGUGAUCGUGUCGUUUGCCAAGCCGGCUCACAUGAUGUGCCUUUACCACGAGCUUCGGGAUGAGAUGCAGAGAGCCGGACAGAAUAUGUCGAUGAGUAGAGUCUGGUUGGCCAGUGACAACUGGUCCUCCGCCAGCUUUGUGCCAGGAAACCUAACUCUGGAGGACAUCGGACACAUUGUGGGCUUCACCUUCAAAAGUGGAAACCUGUCGUCAUUCAGCGAGUACCUGAGCAGACUGGAGGCAGCUGGACGUGACUACACAAGGAAUAACACCUUCAUGCAGGAGUUCUACAAGCAUCUGAAUGCGAGUAAAUAUUACGGAGAGGCUGAGCUGGUGUCUGAAGCUGCGAAGACGCUGAGAGGACACACUCAUCCUACCAGUAUCUUGAGUGUUGAGAUGGCUGUGAGCGCCAUUGCUCAAGCUGUGGCGUCUAUCUGCAGGAGCAGAGACUGCAAAGCAUCCGGCGCAGUGCGACCCUGGGAGGUGCUGAAAGCUCUGCGGAUAAGGCCGUUUAAACUCAGAGAAAAGAGCUACAAGUUCGACAGCAGAGGAGACAUCAACCUGGGCUAUGAUGUGACAAUGUGGAGGUCAGACGGAGGGAACAUCCGUGUCCACGAAGUUGUUGCUGAGUAUCACCCACACAACAGCUUCACCCACACCAACCACAGCACCACCCAACAGCUCCGGGACUUGAAGGACAUCAUCUCAAAAUGCUCCAAAGCCUGCGUCCCUGGAGAGUUCAAGAAAACGACGGAGGGUCAACACACUUGUUGUUACGAGUGCAUCAACUGUACGGCGAACCACUACUCUAAUAGCACAGAUAUGGACCAGUGUCUGAGCUGUGACAUAGAAAAAGAGUGGUCUCCUGAAGGCAGCUACAACUGUACUGCCAAAGCCAACAUCUUCUUCUCCUGGCAGAAUGGCUUCGCCGUGGUGCUCCUGACUUUCUCCGCCCUCGGCAUCCUCCUGGCUCUGCUGGUGUCGGCUCUGUUUCUGCAUCAGCGCGACACUCCUGUUGUGAAGGCUGCCGGAGGGCCACUUAGCCAGGUUAUCCUGUUCUCUCUGGUCAUCAGUAACAUCAGUGCCGUGCUGUUUGUAGGCCAGCCCAACGAUUACCAGUGUAACGCUCGACAGGUGCUCUUCGGCAUCAGCUUCACCCUGUGUGUCUCCUGCAUCCUGGUCAAGACCCUGCAGAUCCUGCUCGCCUUCCGGCUCGACCCCGGGUUGCAGUUGGUUCUGCGGAGGCUCUACCAGCCUUAUGUCGUCGUCAGCAUCUGUGUGGCCUUACAGGUAGCUACCUGCAUCUGCUGGCUGGUCAUCAAAAACCCAUUUAAAGACACCACCAACAAUCCAACCACUGUGCUGCACUACUGUCAUGAGGGCUCAUAUUUGGCCUUCGGGGUGAUGCUGGGCUACAUAGCCGUUCUGGCUUUAGUGUGUUUCAUCUGCGCCUACAAAGGACGCAAACUGCCACAGCAGUACAACGAAGCAAAGUUCAUCACCUUCAGCAUGCUACUUUACCUCAUCUCCUGGAUGCUCUUUGUUCCCGUCUACGUCAGCACCACAGGAGUGUACUUGCAGGCUGUGGAGAUGGUGGUCAUUCUCAUCUCCAACUACGGCAUCCUCAGCUGUCAUUUCUUCCCAAAGUGUUACAUAAUCCUUUUUAAGAAGGAACAAAACACCAAGACUGCUUUCAAGAAGAAUCUGUAUGAAUACUCCAACAGAACCAAAGGUUCCAUCUCUGUGUCUGCGUUGUCAGACAGCACUGACACGACCAGCUCUACUGGUUCUACAACUAGUUUGCACAGAGGUUCAGUUAGACGACACAGCCUCAGAAGAAGAAGCAGCUUUUAAACAUUAUAUGUGAUCAACAAGGGUUGGCAGAAAUCAUGCAUAUUGAAUAGGAGUGGAACGGUUCGGUUCAUAUCACGGUUUUCGGUUCGGUUCGGUACAUUUCUGUUACAGCGAGGAGGUCAUGUUCUGAUUUCAACAUGCUUUUCAUUUAUUUGGCAAAAAAA